AUGUCCGGAGUGACAUACGGCCAUCCCGGCGCCAAUGGCGGCGAGUACGUCUUUGUCGCACCCAACGGCCAACAGAUGGCCUACGCGCAGCCAGGACAAGGCGUUGGCAUCCCAGGUGCUAUGCCACCCCAGCUUGUACAGCAGCAGUCAGCCGGUACAUACAUGACAACCGGCGGACCGUCCAUGCGCAAGACUGUGGAAGGUAUCCCCCAGAUCCACGUCCAGCAGCAACUGGCUCAGCAGCAACAGCAACAACAACACACGGUACAACAGACGCCGUCGAUGGUCGGAGGUGGUGUGCCAAUGGCUACAGCGCACUCGGUUCCACUAUUGCAGCACCAUUUUCCAGUCCAGACCGGCCCACCUGCCCAGGCUUAUCCCCCAGGUGUGGGUGUGCCCCUCGAGUACUAUCAGACUGCGCUCCACCCACAACAGACUGUUGGCUUCCCCCAUUUGACGGCUACCCACGUGCCCGACUUCCGGUUCGGCGGCCCCCAGUAUGUCGUUGAAUCUAACUGGCAUGGCGAGGGCGAGUGGGACGGCGAAUACGAAGAGAAUGGUGGGGCAGUCCUUUACGGAAACCUCGAGGUUAAGCACCGGCGGCGGACUACUCCAGAGCAGCUCAGAGUCUUGGAGCACUACUUCAGCAUCAACCCUCGGCCAGACAACCAGCUGCGCGAAUUCUUGGCUGGCGAAUUGGGCAUCACCAAACGCAAUGUUCAGGUGUGGUUCCAAAAUCGUCGUGCCAAGAUCAAGAACCAGGAGAAGGCUAGAGAGGCGGCCGCGCAAGAGGCAAAAAACAAGGAGGCUGCGGCGGCGGCGGCGGCCGUGACUGCCAACUCGAGCGACAGCACGGCUGGCACCAAGACCGAACCAGCUACUCCUGAAGAAUGGCCGAAGCCACGUUUCUAUCCCGUCAGUAAGCGCGCAGUCGACACCGACCCGCCCAACAUCAUCCUCUGUGUCGACAAGGUGGCCAUGGGGCGUCGUGUCUCUCUAGCUGGUGGCGACGUCGCCUCCAUUGAGACAUGGGCUAGGCAACGAAGGCAGCAGCUUGCGACGACGCUCAACACGUCGUCGUCGGCGUCGCCUGCCAAUUCCCCCAUGGGAAUGGCUGCGGCAGCGCGCCGGAGCAGCCAGCCGUAUCCGACCCAGAUCAUUACCCACCAUGAGGAUAUUGUGACGCCGUCGCGGUCUGCACUACCGAGCCCAAAGGUCUCUCCUAAUGGGCGGAUGCCGCAGCAGCUCUUACUCACGGCGAUGCGCAACAACACGAUGCGUCGUGCCUCAAUGCCUGGCGGGGCGCAGUUAAUCUCUGUUACGACUUUUACGCCUCCUCGCACGAUCAACACCCAUCCUGUUGGCAGUAACUCGACUCCUCUGCGCACGUCCGGCGCGGGUGUUGGGGUGUUCGUCACACCACCGGGCAUAGACCAAUCGCUGCUGAACAUGCAGCACGACUCGCAGCUGCAGUACCAGCUUAACCCCAGCGACAUGCCGUUCUCGCCCAACUCGCCCUUGCCAAACCCUGGCUUCACGUUUGGUGGUACGCCGUCCGGGCCGAUCAACAACGACAAUAGCGUAUACACAUCCAUGUCGACGACGCCCGUGCUCUCGAACUCUACCGUGGACCCGAACCACGCACUCUUCAUGGCUCUGCAGCGCGGUCGCCUGGCUUCUUUGGCGUCUGUCCACUCGGUCGCGAGCAAUGCGACCGACGCGACCUCUACGUGCGAUGGCAGCGAUGGCGACUGGGCACCGCUUAAUCCGCCCGGGUUCGACCCAGACCUCCGUCGCGCGUCUGCACCUGCGGACCUGCUCCACAACAUCGGCCUCCUGGGUAUCUCGUCUGCUGGUUCGCAGGCCAUGAGUCAGGUCUCGUCAGCGAACAGCACGCAGAGCAUGACCAUGCGCCCAUCGCCCCUGGCGUCGUACAAUCAGGGCUAUGACCAGCAGCACAUGCAGAUGACCUCAUCAACACCUACGCUGGGCGGUGGCCCGUACAUCCCAACGCACGAAACCUCGCCGUCGACCGUGACCGGCUCGAACGCGCCCAGUGAGGGCCCGUCGCCAUCCGCUCUCCACUCGCACACCACGAUGUUCGGCGGGCCUACGCUCAUGCCCCCUCCCCCACUCCCUCAGCGACAGACAUACACGACGCUGCCGCAGUUUGAGUUGGAGGCGGUUCCCGACCUGCCCGAGCCCUCGGCAUACACGCUCCCUUCCGAGGGCAAUGACAGCCUUAGCGACUUUGACCUGGGCUUUGACUUCAGCUCUGACGACAAGGACCAGUUUUCAUUCCUGGCCGACCUCUCUGGUGGUGACGACCCCAUCAACGUUAUCGUAUAA